AUGGAUUGGAGUGGAAUGCUAAUGAAAUUAGCUGAUAAUAUGUCGAACGGCGGCGUUCUGACGUCGUCAGCAGUGAAUUACACGAACGCUGUUUCGUCACCACCAAACGAUGAAACAUCGACGAAAAGAAAGGUUGCUCAUUCACAUGCGCAUGGAUUUUCAGAUCAGGUCCGUAUUCCAAAUGUUAUCGUAAUGGUUGGUUUGCCUGCUCGCGGUAAGACAUAUAUCUCUAAGAAGCUGUGUCGUUAUCUGAAUUGGAUUGGGAUUAAGACGAGAGUAUUCAACGUGGGUGAGUACCGACGUACAGAAGCAAAUGCUGCUGACGCUGUGCAUGGUGCGAAUGCCUCCUUCUUCUCUCCAAACAAUGCUGCUGCUCUUAAAGUUCGCAAUGAAUCGGCUCGUCGAGCAAUGAAUGACAUGGCAGAUUGUUUAAAAUCUGGUUCGUGCAGCGUCGCUAUAUUUGACGCGACAAACACAACGAGGGAACGAAGAAAGACGAUCGACAAUUUCUGCAAAGAAAACUGGUUACGUUGCUUCUUCAUCGAAUCCAUAUGUGAUGAUGAAAAGAUCAUUGAUAGCAACAUUACUGAUGUGAAGGUGAACUCACCCGACUACAAAGGGUUGAUGUCUGCGGAACAGGCGAAGGAGGAUUUCAUGAAACGAAUAGAGAAUUAUAAGUUACAAUACGAGCCAAUAGAUGAAGUUGACGACAACGGUCUAAGUUUCAUUAAGGUUAUCAACGCUGGUCGUUCGUUUUUUGUUCAUAAUGUGCAGGGACAUGUGCAGAGUAGAGUUGUCUACUUCUUAAUGAAUAUCCAUUUGCUUCCCAGGAGUAUCUAUUUAACAAGGCACGGCCAGAGCGAAUAUAACGCUAUGGGUCGCCUCGGUGGAGACUCCCCUCUAACCGCUGAUGGAGAAAAAUAUGCAGAAGCUCUGAGCGAAUUCUUUGAAAACGAGAAAAUUGCUGACCUUCGAGUUUGGUGCUCUCAAAAGGUCCGUGCAGCGCAAACAGCCAAGAAAUUAAAACCCGCUUUCCACACUGAAUACUGGAAAGCGUUGGACGAAAUUGAUGCCGGCAUAUGCGAAGGACUCACGUAUGAUGAUAUUCAGCAAAGGUAUCCAAAACAAGCGGAAGACCGUGCUCGAGACAAAUACCAUUAUCGUUAUCCGUCUGGAGAGUCUUACGAGGAUGUUGUAUCAAGGCUUGAACCAGUUAUCAUGGAACUCGAGCGACAGGCUAAUGUACUGGUUGUCUCCCAUCAAGCAGUUCUUCGCUGUGUUCUAGCCUAUUUCUAUGAUAGAACAUUGGAUGAAUUGCCGUAUAUCGACCUGGGAUUGCACGCGCUUGUGAAGUUAACUCCGAGAGCAUACCAUUGUGACUCGACAGUGUAUCGAUACGAUGUUGACAAAGAAGAGUGGACGUGUGAAAAUCGUCAACUUCCACUCUGCAGCAGUCCGCGUGAUUAG